AUGGCCCGGGAGCCAGGGGCGCGGGCCCGCCGCCGCCCUAAGUUGAGGAGGGAGAGGCCGGGCCCAGCACGAGCAUCCCCCGGCGCCGCCGCCGCACGGCCCAGCCCCGGCCGCGGGGCGCGCAGAGACAGCGGCUGCCCGUUCGCCGGCCCUCGGCCCGGCCCGUCCGCCGCCAGCCGCGCGGGAGCCCCCUCAGCAGCCGGGACAGGGCUGCGGCCUCGCGGGCGCCGCCGCCGCCGCCAUCUUGGGACGCCGGCCGGUCACCUGACCUCCCCGCCCACCUCGGCAGCCACCUUCGCCGCGAGGGCGGGGCCCGGCUGGCGCCGCGAGGCGCUCGGGGACGCGCGGGGGGCGGGGCCAUUGGCCGAGGGCCCGCCCCCCGCUCGCCGGCCCCGCCUCCAGGCCCAUCCCAAGAUGGCGGAGAUCCCCCUGUACUUUGUGGACUUGCAGGAUGACUUAGACGAUUAUGGAUUUGAAGACUACGGUCCACAUUGUGACAGCAUGAGGGUAACAGCCUUCUUGGACAUUCCAGGCCAGGAUAACCUGCCUCCACUCACUCUCCUGGAAAAGUAUGCUUUCAGUGAUAACAUCUUCAACCGUCAGAUUAUUGCCAGAGGGCUGCUUGAUAUCUUCCGGGACUUCAGUAACAAUGAAGACGACUUCUUAACAGUAAUGGAGAUUGUGGUCAGAUUGUCAGAAGAUGCAGAGCCCACAGUGCGGACUGAGCUGAUGGAACAGAUUCCUCCUAUUGCCAUUUUUUUACAAGAAAACAGAUCAAAUUUUCUACUGAUGUUCUCUGAAUAUCUCAUACCUAUUGUAGUGAGGUACCUCACAGAUCCAAACAAUCAGGUUAGAAAAUCAAGUCAGGAAGUGCUCUUGAUUCUUUUGGAACAAGAUCUCAUUUUCCAGCAUGAUAUUGAAAACAAAGUGUGUCCAAUCCUGCUGGCGCUCUCUGCCCCGGACAGUGAUGAUGAAUAUAAAGCAGAGGCUGUGAACAUAAUCUGCAGACUGGCUUCAGUGCUGAGCAAGAGCACAGUUGAACGCCUGCUGCUUCCUCGAUUCUGUGAAUUGUGUGGUGAUGGGAAACUCUUUCAAGUUCGGAAGGUAUGUGCUGCAAAUUUUGGUGAUAUUUGUCACGCCGUUGGACAAGAAGCCACUGAGAAAUUUUUGAUCCCCAAGUUUUUUGAGCUCUGUUCAGAUAAUGUUUGGGGCAUGCGGAAAGCCUGUGCCGAGUGCUUCAUGGCAGUGUCCUACAGCACAUCUCCCGAGCUCCGCAGAACCAAGCUCUCGCCUCUCUUCAUCAGACUCAUCAGUGACCCCUGUCGGUGGGUGCGCCAGGCUGCCUUCCAGUCCCUGGGCCCCUUCAUUUCUACUUUUGCAAACCCCUCCAGAGCCGGCCUUUAUAUUCGAGAAGACGGCACCCUGAGCAUCCGACCGCUGGCUCAGGGUUUGGACUCCACUUUCACCUCGGGGUCGUCCAGUGCAGACAGUGGCGGUAGCACUUCCUCAGCCUGUUCCACAAAGCCGGUGCAGCCACAGCCGGAUCUGCCCGUGGAAGGCACAUCAGCAGAGACUAGCAAUCUCUCACAUGCCAACAGCUUUUCUAAUGGCCUGAUGGAAAACCCAAUGGAAGACUCUGUCUUGGCUGGAGCUGAGUUGACCAGGCUUUCCCCAGAGGCCAGUGCCUUCUCGAAGCUCCCUGUUAUUAACGACCUCCCCAUCCACAGCCACGCUGGGCUGAGUUCCUGGGCCUGCCCAAAGAGUCCUGAGGAUGUAUUCAAUAAUUUCCUUUAUUGGCGAACUCCUCUUCCUGACAUCAGCAAGGACUUAGAGCUGCUUCUGAGUGAGGCUGGGCCACAGGAAGAAGGCUGCAGCGGACCUGAGACUGUGCAUAACAGUUGUGUGGCCAGGAACGAGAUUCAAAAAGUCCUUGAUAGUUUGCAGGAGCAUAUGAUGAAUGAUCCAGAUGUUCAAGCUCAAGUUCAGGUAUUAUCAGCUGCACUGAGAGCCGCACAGCUUGACUCUGUGAAUGAGCCUGAGCGCAAGCCGACGGAAGGUCUAAAUGGAGUGUCCCUUUCUGAUCCCAGCCCUGCCUCUGACAAUCAGAUGGCUCUGUCAGCUUCAUCAUCGCAGAAUGAGCUCUCCGUGGCCAGGAUAUUACAAAGCACAGAGCCAGGCGAACCCUCUGAGGGAACCCGUGACCGUUCGGAGCCUGGACAGAGGCAUGAGCCCACCCCACUGGAGAAGAAUAAAUCUAAAUUCCAGGAUAUAAUCCCUCAGCCCCUGCUAGAUCAGUACGUGUCGAUGACCGACCCAGCUCGAGCACAGACUGUUGACACUGACAUAGCCAAGCACUGUGCCUACAGUCUCCCGGGAGUGGCGCUCACCCUGGGCAGGCAAAAUUGGCACUGCCUGAAAGAUACGUAUGAAACACUGGCUUCCGACGUGCAGUGGAAGGUACGUCGCACCCUGGCCUUCUCUAUUCAUGAGCUGGCUGUGAUUCUUGGGGAUCAAUUAACGGCCGCUGACUUGGUGCCCAUCUUCAAUGGCUUUUUAAAGGACCUGGAUGAAGUACGAAUAGGAGUUCUUAAACACCUGUAUGAUUUUCUAAAGUUGCUUCAUGAAGACAAGAGGAGAGAAUAUCUUUAUCAGCUUCAAGAAUUUAUAGUGACCGAUAACAGCAGAAACUGGAGGUUUCGAUAUGAACUAGCAGAACAGCUGAUACUGAUUUUGGAACUCUAUAAUCCCAACGACGUUCAUGAUUAUUUAAUGCAUAUUGCCUUAAAGUUGUGUGCAGAUAAAGUCUCUGAAGUUCGCUGGAUCUCCUUCAAACUAGUUGUGGCAAUUCUGCAGAAGUUCUAUUCAAACAGAGAAAACGUCUUGGGGUUAAAUUUCAUCCAGGAACUCGUCGUAAGAUUCCGGCACUGUUCUAAGUGGGUCGGAAGGCAAGCUUUCGCUUUCAUUUGUCAGGGGGUGGUGAGUGAGGGGUGCGUCCCCGUGGAGCAGUUUGUGGAACACUUGCUCCCCAGCCUGUUGAGCCUCGCCUCGGAUCCUGUUCCAAACGUCAGGGUGCUGCUGGCCAAAGCGCUGAGGCAGACACUGCUGGAGAAGGCGUAUUUUAGAAAUGCUGGAAACCCUCAUCUUGAAGUUGUUGAAGAGACUGUCUUAGCUUUGCAGUCAGACCGGGACCAAGAUGUUUCCUUUUUUGCCACCCUGGAACCACAGCGGCGGAAUCUUAUGGACAUCACUGUGCUGGAAAAGCAGCACUGAGCACUCUGCAAGCACUUACGGCCUGGCCGGUUCAUGCUUGGCACACACUGCUUACUGUGCCUGGAAGGGGAACUGACUGAGUGACGCCUGCCGUGGGAGGAAGGAGUUCUGGAACUUUAUACCAAGCGCUUGAACGCCCCCUUCCCACCUGCGGUGACAGGACUGCACCUGGGAUGGGCUCUGGUUAUGACCCCCUACCUACCUGAUCAGGAAGUCUGCGAAAAGGUGGAAGAACCAGGUGGCUCACUGGUUGGGGGGCCUCCAUAGCGAAAGACGGCCUGCGAGCUGUUUGUCUCUCUGUUACAGGCUGUCAUUUAAAGCCACCUCCCCCAGAAAUAAAGUCGUUUAUAGCAGCUUUCACUCUUUAA